AUGGGAGCCCCCCUGGGGGCCCCUCUAGCCGCUGCGCCGCAUGCUGGUGUUGCACCGCUGUUCUACGGGGCCACUUCUGCUGCUACAGCAGCAGUAGCAGCAGCAGCAGUUGCGCCUAUUGCCGCUGCUGCUGCUGCUCCCGUUGCUGUGGCGCCACUUGCUGCAGCAGCAGCGGAUGUAGGAGCCGCAGAUAAGGACAAGGGCGACGAGGAGGAGGCCAUCGCUCGCUGCCACCUGCACACGAAGCCGCAGCUCUCUUGCAAGUUUUGUCGAAAGUAUAAAAGCUUCACGCAGCAAAUGGGCGUGCUGCAGCAGCGGGCCAUUGCUGCUGAGGAAGAGACGCAGCGGAAAAAUAUGGUGCAGAUGACUGACAGCACCACCUACAACGUCAACCAGCUGCUCAGAGGGAACAUAAUGUCUUCGGAGUAUUUCAAGUCUUUGCAUCAAUUCAAAAGUUUCAACGAAGUUGUUGAUGAGUUGGCAGCUUUUGCUGACCACGCGGAGCCUUACUGCAGCGGCAGCACGAGGGCCCCCUCCACGCUUUUCUGCUGCCUCUACAAGCUCUUCACCCUCAAACUCACCGAAAAACAAAUGCACAUGCUGCUGAACCACCGCGAGUCACCUUAUGUGAGGUGUACGGGCUUUCUCUAUCUUCGAUACGUCCACCCUGCAGACCAACUGUGGAAGUGGUACGAGCCUUACUUUCUGGACGACGAGCAGUUCACUCCGGGGGCCGAUCCCAACAGAGUCAUUUCCAUGGGGGAGUACGUGCAGUCGCUGCUGACGGAAGACAAGUACUUCUCGACGGUGCUGCCGCGGCUGCCGGUGCUGGUCAAAAACGUCUACGGCGCGCAGCUAAUGACGCUGCAGCAGCACAGAAGGCGGAAGGCCUUCAACAGGCGCCACAUCGAGGCCUUCUUGCCAGCAGCAAAGUGCAUCGCGCUCUCCAGCGGGGACUGGCUGGAGGGCACCGUGGUGUCCGUGGACAGCAAGGGCGUGUGGGUCAGGCUGGAAGACGGCAGCGAAGAACUUGUGGAUUUGGGACUUGUGCAGCUCCUUUCUUACAAAGUAGAAGGGGCCACCCCCAAGGCCAAGCGCAGCAGAAACAGAGACAGAGACAAAGAGCGACGCAGAAGCCGCAGCCGCAGCGCUGAGAGAAGCGCAGCGAAGACGCAGCAGCAGCUGCUGCAGGAGUUCCGGAGAAAAGAACAGGAAAAGGCUCUGGCGACUGGCAAGGACUACGCACGCCGGCCCACUUCGUACAAAAGCGCACUAUCUCUCAAGAUGACCUCUUCGCGGCAUGCGCCUUCGCCAGAGAGGCCUCCUCCCCCAAGGGCUCACCCGCGAUCUGCGUUAGCGCAUGCGCAGCAGCUACAGCAGCAACAGCAACAGCAACAGCAGCAGCAGCAGCAGCAGGAUCCUCUGCAGAAGCAGCGGAUUUCGUCCCUCGUAGCACGGUACAGCCGUGCAGGCGGGGAGAAUGCAGACCGGCGGCGCCGCAACGACACGGAGGCCCCCGAGGUGAUGCGCCUGGGCCGGAGCAGCAGGCGGGCGGGGAACUAUACGAAACGUCAAAAAUCAAUUCAAAGUGUUGCUGCUGCUGCAGCUGCUGCUGUAGUAGCAGCAGCUUCUACAGCCGCGGCACCUGCAGCAGCUUCAGUAGCAAAAGCUGCAGUAAGAGCAGCAGCAACGGACGUCCACUGGGGAGAGACACCCGAAUAG